UUAAGAAGAAGAAAAAUAAAGUGGUGUUGACGCGUGAGCGAGAAAGGGAGAAAGAAGAGGAAUGAUGCGAAGGGUGCAAAGAUGGCGAUGCGUUUGGAACUGUAUUGAUCGCCCGAGUCAGCAGCUGCGUCUAUUGCACGAGGGCCCUGACACCGUAGAAGAGCUUCUGGAGAGGCAUCUCGUUAAAAACAAAAACGAAAACCAGUUGGAGAAUCAGAGGCAACUCACCAGCACUCGCCGCGAAGCGCUCUGUCUCUACCGUGACAUUCUUCGGGCCACCCGCCUCUUUAUCUGGCCCGAUUCCAGGGGCAUCCUCUGGCGCGACAUACUUAGAGAGAACGCCCGAACCGAAUUCGAACAGUCCCGUUUCGAAUCCGACCCUGAAAUCGUGACCCGAUUGCUUAUUGGGGGCCGCCAAGCCCUCCACUCCGCUAUUGAUAAGCUCGCCGAGAAGCACAAACAACGCUGAUUUCAUUUUGUUGUCCGCUGUUAGGUAAUGUAAUGCAAUUGAAUUUGUCUGUAGAAAGAAUCAAAUAUGGUUUGCCUUCUAAGUUACAGUUACUGGUAAUGUUGUAUGCUAUUGAAUUUGUUUGUCUUUAUUCAAACAAGUAUGAGGUCAUGUUUUGCUCCUUAGAGUGUGGCCCUAAUAUAAUAUUGAUUAUUUACAAAA